AUGGACUCACUUAUUGCCAAGGCAGACGCCAUUGGGCCCGCAGGUAAAAAGCGAAAACUACGACACACGUCCUCUAUUAGUGGCCCAAGUACCACAGACAGAACAUUUCAAUCCAUCUCCAAGCGUACCUCGAUACCGAAAUCCCUACAAUCCGGUGCGACACUCGAAGGAGCCCAUUCCUACAAGCAUAUUGCCAACAAAAAGCUUCGUACGGAGCUAUCACGCCAGUCUGCGCGAGCUGUAGAAGCAAAAGCCUUGAUAGAAGAUGCUGAACUCUUGCUGACGGGAGAGGCCGGACGAAUGGAGGUCGAGGGAGAGAUGGAUAGGACAUGGCGGGUCGGGCAGGAUGAAAUUGUCCAAGGAGCGGGGCAGGAGGGUGCGCGAGGAAGGAGAGAGUGGAAGUUGGAAGGUGGGCCGUAUAGGUCGCGAUAUACGCGAAACGGACGGCAUCUGGCUGUUGUUGGAAGCAAGGGCCAUGUUGCGUCGUUUGACUGGCAAGCAGGUACCCUUCAUACUGAGCUGCAGCUACAGGAAACAUGUCGUGAUAUAACAUAUCUCCACGAUCAUUCACAUUUUGCCGUCGCGCAGAAGAAGUACGUCUUCAUCUACGAUCGUGACGGCGUCGAGCUUCACUGUCUGAAGGCACACAUCGAACCUACUCGGAUGGAAUUUCUUCCGUAUCAUUGGCUGCUGGCUACCAUAAAUGGCACAGUGACCCUUUGGACACCCAAUCUUCCGCACCCUGCAGUUCAGCUCCUCGCACAUCUCGGUCCCGUAGCCAGUGUGAGUAUGGAUCCGAGCCAAGGCGGACGGUACAUGGCCACAGCCGGUAAGGACCAGACGGUCAAAGUGUGGGACUGUCGGAACUGGAAGGGCGCGGUGAGGGAGUGGUCUGCGAGAGGUGGGUACGCAGAAGUAGAGUGGAGUGCGAAAGGUGCUCUGGCUGUAGCAUCGGGAGGUACCGUCAACGUAUACACUGCUCCAACGAUACACAACCCAGUGCAUAUGAGUACGCAACCGCCUCUUUACAUGACCCAUCCGGUGCCUCAUCGACCUUUGACGUCACUCCGGUUCGCGCCCUUCCAGGAUAUCCUCACUAUAGGUCACUCUGCUGGCCUCUCUAGUAUCUUGGUACCCGGAUCUGGUGAACCCAACUUUGACAGCACCGAGGCUGAUCCGUUUGAGAACAAGAAGGCUAGGAGAGAGAAGGAGGUGAAGGCCCUUCUUGACAAAAUCCAACCGGACUUGAUCACCCUCGAUCCAGAGUUUGUCGGGAGUCUGGCGCCACCGUCGAAGUUGACGACAGAGACGACGUUUGAUGGAAAGCCUUCUGUUGAGAUUCCGUUUGCUCGUUUGCCUAGGUUGGAGAGGCUCCGGGUGCAGGGCAAGGCUGAUGAAACUGAAGUUCUCAGUGAUGAUAGUGAUGAUGAGGUCAGUGGAGAUCCGGAGGCUAAGAAAGAGGAGAGAGAAAAGAAGAAGAUGAGAGGUAAAAAUAAGAGUUUGAAGAGAUAUCUUCGGAAGCAGCGCAAGAACGUCGUUGAUCCGACAGCUGUCGCGAUUCGGGCGAAGAUGGAAAAACAGAAAGAGGAGCAACGGCGUGCUAAGAUGGCGGCUGCGAACGGUGGGGAAAACCAGAAACCGUCUGCUUUGGACCGGUUCAAACGGAAUACGUGA